CUGCCGAUCUAUCUAUCUCCCUAUAAUACUUUUGGGAAAGAUGUUCGUCCUGAACCAGCGCCCGACGGUUUCGUGCAAGACUGCUUGCAGCUGCGCGAACUGCAGGAUGCGGCACAUUACCCCUUCCCACGCUGCUAGCCCUGUCCGUAUUAUGCAAGCGUCCCGAUCGUGCAAGUGCAGCAAUAGGGGCAUGGUUCCAGUCCGUGCCCAGGCGAACCCCGUCGCCGCAGCGACGGCCCCCGCAAACGUUGCUGCCGUCGCACCAGCACCUGCACCGGUUAAGCGGAACUUUGCUGCUCGCCAUUCGGAGAUUGUUAGGUACUUUCCUUCCGCCAUGGGCGUCGACGACUUUAUGGGCCGUGUGGAAGUUGCUCUGGCUGGCUUUGGUUUUACCGGCGAUAACAGCAUCGCUAUGACUAACCUCUGCCGCGAUGAGUCAACGCAAGUAAUGAAGGACAAAAUCGAGGCCAUCUUUGGCUCAUCCUUCAACACCAAUGGCCUGGGCGGUGUGCUCACCUGCGGCGUGACUGGCAUGAAGGCUGGACUCAGCCACUCUCCUGUAUGCUUUGGCGGUCGCGAGCGCUACGUGUUCUUCGCCUUCCCCCACAUCGCCAUCAACAGCGAGGGCGAGAUGGGCGCGCUGUCCCGGCCCGGCCGUCCCAAGCAGUCCUGCGCCUGCGGGGCGCUGCUAGCCAUCCUGAACGCCUUCAAGGUGGAAGGAGUGGAGCGAAGCUGCAAGGUCCCUGGUGUGCACGACCCGCUCGACCCCGAGCUCACCAUCCUGCAGCAGCGGCUGGCGCGGCGGGUGCGCUACGAGAAGCUGGACGUGCAGCGACUGGACCUGCCGGGGCUCACGCAGGUCGCCGAGCGCACCAUCACCGACGAUCUGGAGUACCUGAUCGAAAAGGCGGUGGACCCCGCGCUAGCGGACUAUGCGGUAAUUACGGGCGUGCACAUCCACAACUGGGGCAAGCAGCUCACGGAGGACGGUGACACCAGCAUCGAGUUCGUGGCGCCCGCCAAGGCGUACACGGUGGUGAAUGGGCUCAAGACGUACAUCGACCUGCCGCAGGUCCCCGCGCUCUCCCCGCGCCAAAUCAAAACCAUGGCCACCCGCUCCUUCAACGGAAUCGACGUGCGGCAUGUGCAGCCCGGAGUGCGCGGUUCAGUCAUCAGCGAGGUUCCCCUGGAGUACCUGGUGAAGAAGCUGGGAGGCAGCCAGCUCAUGGAG